AUGAGCACAAACUCACCCACCUCAAAACGAUCGAAACUAGACUCACCCUUACAGCAACUACAAAAUGCCAGCUCUUCGACUGACGACCAUAGACCGUCCGCCAGCGGCAGUGGCUCCUUCGCGGCUGGAUCGGCUACAAACAACAACAGCCUGCAGACAGACUUCGAUGCGAUGAACGACGCCGUCGGGAUUGCCGGAGUAGACAUUGCUGCCGAAGAAGAACUCGCUCGGACGCAAUCUAAUCUUUAUCGGACCGCCAAUCGUAGUUACUCAACUUCAUGCCAACACCAUCUUCCUCAUCAACAACAACCUUGGCUGAAAACACCCCGAGUCAAGAUCUUAGACUUCUUAGAUAAACCCGCCCUGACCUUAAUGGUACAACACAUCGCUGCCUCCUUUCAAUUGAAGACAUUAGAGCCCGCGAUUCUGGACGUGUUAACGCAAGCGGCGGAGGCGCGGAUCCAUUCGUUGAUUGUCGAUUCGAUCGGAGCGAAGGACCAUCGAGUCAGCUCCUCCCAUCUCCGCCCGCCGCCAUUGUAUACGACCAGUCCGCCGAAGAAGGGCAAGCAGAAGGAACGCGAGCCGAUGGCCAUGUACGACCAGAUCGUGUACGAACAACCGGAGCGGAUCUUGAGCAUCCAGGCCAGCAUCUCCGCUAGUCUCGAGGCGGCCGGAAGACAUGGCGAGACGCACGAGAAAACGGGCCCGGUUAAGAAGAAGAAGCGCAAGCGCGAAGGCCCCGGCCAGUUGGCCCGGAACAUGUCCGAGGACGCCCGGGCACGCCAGUCCAAUCAGACCGCCAUGCGCUCCGUUGGCGGCAGGUCCAAGUACUCUUGGCUCUCUGGAGGCGUCGUCGCUGCUGGCUCGAAGCCUUUGUCAUCCCCCUUGGUCGCCAACCUUCCUGCGCCGAAGUUCGCGCCCACCAACACCCAAGGCCCCACCCAUGCCGACCGUCCACAACUCGGCGGCAUCCUCUCCGAUAUCCAUCCCGCUCAUCUCGCCGAGACCGUCGGCUUAAACGAUACCCUCUUCGCUCUCGAACGCGAACGUGGCACGGGCGCGGGGAAAGAUUCCUUCGCUCUCCUCUGGGUACUCUUUAUUUUCUUUGGUCGUCAGUUUUCUUAA